AAAAUGUGUGCGAUUAAUUAUUCUCAUAUCUCAUAUACUUUAUCAAAAGAUGUUAUGUGCUAGAUUUUCAUACAUAUACAUACAUACAUAUAUAAUGCUCCUUGUAAAAUAAAAUUUAAUGUCUGCAUAAAAAUAUUUUAUAAAAUUUUUUUUUUAUUUUUACAAUAAUUUAAAUAAUAUUAAAAAUAUAUAAUUAUAAUUAAAUAAAAUUUAAUAUUACUAACGAACAACUUAUAUUUAUAAAAUUAACAAAUAUUUGUGCAUUUAUUAUAUAUUUAACAGUUUUAGGCGUAUAUUUAUGUAGUAAAUAAUAAUAUAUUGCAGAAAAAAAAACAAAAAAAAAAACAAAAAGUUAAAAGAAAAUGUUAGGUUAUGAAAUUUAUCUUAUAUUGAAUGAAAUCCUUAAAUCUUAUAGCACGCAUUGCAGCAUUUCUUUGCAGUUAAUAAAGUUUUAAGCACUAUAUAUAUAUAUAUAUAUAUAGUUUUGUAAAACAAAAAAAAAAAUUAGAAAACUUUACAUUAAUUCAACAUAUAAAUAAAAAAUAUAAACACAUACAUACAUACAUAAACACACAUAAAAAUUAUAAAAAAUAAAAAAAAAAAAUUUUAAUUUUUAAAAAAUUAUAUUAAAAUUAUGCAAAUUAAAAGAAAUUAUCAAAUAAACUAAAAAUUAGACUUUAUAAUAAAAAAAAAAGCAUAGAAGUCAAUGUCUUAAGUUCAUCAAAUUGUUUCGAAAUUAUCACACUAUAUACCUAUAUAUGUACAUGUAGUGCACAUAUAUGUAUGUACAUAUGUACUAUAUGUAACUAUAUUAUUUUAUUUCAUUGAUGAAAUGUGUAAAAUUAUAACUAAUUGGGUUAAAUUAUCUUUGAAUAUUUCACGUUUUAUUUAAUAAAUUAUUUUUAUUAUACCUACACUCCGAUAUAAAAUUUGCAACAAAGAAUAAAAAUGAAUGCCGCACAAAGUGGAGGCCAUACAACUGGUAUGAAUAAAAAAGGUUCUCAAUUGGAGGAACUAGUAGCAAUUUCUCCAGAGAGAAGAAAUUGGCGAGGAAUAUUUAUUGCGCUUUUAGUAAUUGCAGCAGUUUUUAGUUUAAUAAUUUUUUCCAUAUUUUUACUCUCUCCAGAGGACGAAGCUACUCGGGUAAAAGGUAGACGUUUUGUUUUAUCAGAUAUAACUAGUCAAGGUCUUAAAUGGAAAUCAUUUAAUACAUCUUGGAUUAGUGGUUCUGAAUUGGUUUAUAGAGAUGCAGACGGAGGUCUAUCUUUAUUGGAUCUUAAGACAUCAGAGACCAGGAUUCUUAUGACAAAUACGACUUUUAGACAACUUAAUAUAGAAUUAUUCCUCUUAUCACCUGAUUUAAAUUAUGUUUUACUUUUUGGUGAUACAAUAAAUUCAAAGUUUUACAUAUAUGAGUUCGCGACAAGGAAUAUAUUUCCAUUAACUCCAAUAGAGAAUACUGCUGAAGCACCAAUAUUACAACUUGUAAUAUGGGCUCCAUAUAACGUACAAGUAAAUUCUAACGGCAAAUCAAAUAUUAAUAAUCCAACAGGUGCCAAAGUCGGCUCACAAGCAAUAGCUUUCGUCUAUGAGAAUGACAUAUUUUAUAAACCUAAAGUGCAAGGUGAUUUAGUAUGUAAAGUAACAAAAACCGGUCAAGCCGGUUUAAUAUAUAAUGGCGUACCAGAUUGGACAUAUUCAAACAUUCCAGAACUUAAAAGUGCCACCAUAGCAUUUUCCACAGAUGGCCAGUAUUUAUCUUUUUUAUCAUACAAUGAUAGUGAAGUGAACGAAUAUAGGUACAUGUUAGCUAGUGAAGAUGUAAAAUAUCCAAAAGUCAAAUCUAUAAGAUACCCAAAAACAGGGACCAAAAACCCAAAUGUUACAGUUUAUGUAGUUAACUUAUCAGUUUUAAAAUUUAUAUUCCCACAAAAACUUAACUUACCCAUAGACGAAACAAAUGGAACUUACGUUAGUGCUAUGACAUGGCUUAAUCCGACUGAUUUAUCAGUAACUGUAACAACAAGAAAACAAACAAAAGCAGUUACAAUCAUUUGUCAAGCUCCCUUAUUUAAAUGCUAUAAAAUUCAUACAGAAGUAACAGUAAGUGAUGGAUGGGUACUUCCAUCUGACUUACCAAUUUAUACAAAACAUGCAUUUUCAAAUGAUUUACAAAAUGGGUUUCAAAAUAACAACAGUAAUGGUAAUAUAAACAGUAAUGGAAACUCUAGUUCUCCAAACAAAAUUUUGACCGGAUUUUUAUUAAAAAGACUUCCAGUACGUGAUGGCGAAAAUGGACAUUUUCGGCAAGUGGUAUUAUAUUCUUUAGAAGAGGCGCGAACAAUACCUUUAACUAUAGGUCGAUCUGAAGUUACAAAGAUUAUUGGAUGGGACUUAGCUAACAAUUUAAUAUAUUACAUAGCAGCGCCAGAACGAAAACCAGGCGAAAGACAUUUAUAUAAAAUCAGUAUAAAUAUUAAAAUGUCCGAUGUAACUAAUAGAACCUACGUUAAUCAAAGCUCACCAAUUUGCUUAACAUGUAAGGCUGUUAAUUAUCAACCCUUCCUUACAAAAGACGAAAACUCAACUGACAAAGACUGUGCUAUUCAGAGUUCAAAGGAAUGUUUAUAUAACGAGAUCUACUUUAGUAAAGAUUAUUCAUAUUACAUACAAGAAUGUUUGGGUCCUGAUGUGCCAUCUGUACAUGUUGUUGAAAGUGAAAGUAAUCAAAUUGUCAAAAUUCUUACUAUAAGUGAAGAUUUGCGUAGUAAAUUAGGUCAACUAGCUCUUCCCCAAAUUAGAACAUUUAGUGUUGAAAUAAGACAUGGGUUUCAAGCUCAAGUGCGAUUAUAUCUUCCACCAGGAAUGAAAGAAGAUGAAGAAAUUGCUUUUCCAUUAAUUUUACAAAUUGAUGCUUCGCCAGGUUCGCAAUUAGUUUCAGAAAAAUUUGAAAUAGAUUGGAAUUGGUAUCUAUGUAGCCAAAGAUCAUUUGUAGUUGCACAAAUAGAUGUCAGAGGAAGUGGUUUUCAAGGGGAAUUACUGCGCACACAACUGCAUGGGAGACUAGGAACUGUCGAAAUUGAGGAUCAGUUAGGAGUUUUAACUUACUUGCGAGACAAUAUAAAAUUUAUUGAUCCAUCUAGAAUUUGUGUUUAUGGUGUUGGAUAUGGAGGAUAUGCCGCAACGUUGUCUUUACUUGAGGAUUCUCAACAAAUAUUGCAAUGUGCAAUUGCUAUAAAUCCCAUAACAGCAUUCGGUCAUCAUUAUUCUUUUUUCACUGAGAGAUACAUUCCUCAAAAUGGCAACUUUAAUCAUGCUCUUGAGCAAGCAGAUUUAAGGAAAAAAAUCAGUAAAAUGAAAAGUAGGAAAUACAUGUUGAUAUAUGGAACUGCCGAUUUAGUGGUUCACCAGGAGCAUUCCCUAAUGCUUACUAGAGCUUUAAUUAAUGAAGACGUACAAUUUAGGCAACAAAUAUACCCAGGCGGCGACCAUCAACUAUCGCAGGUUGAGUAUCAUUUGUACAGAACUAUGGAAUGGUAUAUAGAUGAAUGUUUUGGACCUUUAGAAACGGAUGAUUGGGAUCCAACAGGAUUUUUAUUUAAACCGUAGAAUUGUAGUUUAUUUUUAGAUCAAAUUUAAACCUAAAGUUAUUGUACAUUGAAAGGUGCGCAAAAUUUAAAAAUAUAUUUGAAUAGACUGAA